AUGUCGCUCUCCAAGACCAAACGUGUGCAGACGCCUCGCGCGCAAGUGUGUCAGAUUAAGGCCAUUAAGCCUCUUGACGCACAGCUUUCAUUCCUCUCUCCUAGUAGCUCUGGUACUAUUGAGCCAGAGAACCACAAGCGACACAACGGCUUCUUCAAACUCCCACUCGAAAUUCGCCUCCGGAUCUACUCCUUGAUCCUCCGUCCAGAAGUUCGUCUGUACGCAACAUGGCUCUUCCAGUCGAACGAGUAUCGCGUCUACGAGCCAGAAAAACCGAGGUGGUACGAUGCAACCUAUCGCUCGGACUUUCCUACGGACCCAAGGCAUCACGAACGCCCAAAUCGUCCCCAGAACUUCCUCGGCUGCACGAAAAUCCUUUCGUUAUGCAGGCAAACCUAUCUUGAGGCCAUCGAAUUCCUGCAUUUGCAAGAUGUCCGAGUCGAUAUCAACGACAAAGGUGGCGACGUCUUUCGACCUCUGGACGCGUUUGGUAUGCCAGGCUUCUUCGUAGGAGAGAAGAAGACCACCAGAGUCUUCACCUACCCACGUUUCUGCGAGCUGCAAUUCCUGCGGCUCCGGCACAUCGAGCUCAGAGUUGACACGGAGCUGGGACCUAAUUUCAAGCGUCAGCUGCGUUGUGUCGCAAAAGCGCUACGAAAUUCGGCAGACGUGGAGUCCUUGAAGGUAAAUUUGGAAAUGGUCAAGCCAACCCAGGGCUAUUACGUGUCACCUUAUUUCACGACUGAGACUUUUGGUCUCUUCAACGACGUCAUUGACGUCGCGAGGGUGAAGCAGAUUCAGAUCUUUUUCAGCUCCCCGGACCGCUUCAAGGCUGGCGCUCCGCUGGACGUCGAACGCGCCAGGGUCGAAGAAGUGUUGCCACUGGGUUUCAACCCAACAACUGUGUCGCUCGUGAAGCGAAGACAGUACAGGAUCGACUACCAAAUGGUGCCAGAGUGCCGCCAUUGCCUCCAGAUCUUCUCCUGCCAAGCCGCGCUUCGGAUCCAUCUGAGACGUGAGCCGGGGCAUAUACAGCGAUUCCGGAAGCGAGAGUACAACGCCAUCGUUCCCUACGCGACUCAGACUGGCGAUCGCAAGUGUCCGACUUGUGCUAAAGAGUACUCUAGCGUUAGUAAAUUGGAGGAACAUAUGCGCGACGAAUCCCAUCGUCGGUAUGGCGUCGUGCCGCGGUGGAAGGAGGAUAAUGAGAAGUGGGAUCGGUACUGGAAGUGGCAUCUGGACAAGUUCGGAUGGCUGUGA